AUGGACGACCAGAAGCUUGCGAUCCAUGUCGUGCACGCAAAGUCGCCUGUGAUCACAGGCGACCUGUUUGUAUGCGAUGCCAGAGGAGAGGAGACAAUUGUGUCUACACAGCAUCAUCCGCAGCAUCGCGAGUCAAAGCUUCGAUUCAGCUACCUUGGUUUUACAAGCUACAACUCGGUCUUCCAAGGUGCUCGAGAGAGUCUGUCUCUUUCUGACACAGGCUCCGGAUUUCCCAGCCCAGAGGCAGCAAGCCCUGGAAGCGAUGAUGUUUGUUUACGCAGUUUGCCUUUGCCAACACAGCAAAUGUGCCUUGUUGUACUACUGUAUCUUCCGGGACGACCAGAAGCACAUAUGAUAUUCCACGACGAACCUGGUCCUGAGAACACCACGAGUUGGUCUCACACAGCUGUAUCAAGAAUCAUUAAGUCUCUGCGGCAACUUUUUCAAAGUUUUGAGGGCAGUGAAUGCUUCGACGAGCAGGUUGCUGAUGUGCUGUGCCGCAACACUUCGAAGCCUGUCAACGAUACCUUUGAUACUUUUGAUGACUGGAUAGCCCAGUUCUGUGGGCCAAACAUCCGAUGGGAGUCGAUAGGGCUUCUGUGGGCUCAUCUCGAAGGUCUUUCAGAUGCAAUAUCCACCCUGACACAUCGUCAGCUUCAGUGGGUUGAAGGCAAGCGGUCAUCUGUUCUCUCGCACGAUCAUAUACACUACUGCAUUGAGAUAGCGCGCCGUUUCACAGCUGGCAACAAUAUGCUCCUUGAUCUCUGUCGACGACAUGCAGCUCUUGGAACAAUGGUUUAUGGCGAUGCUAGCCCUGUAUACUGGAACUCUCACAGUCUAUGUGUUUCUAUGCUGCUUUUCUUGGGCCUUCAUGCUUCGGGAGAGGCAUCGAGGCCACAAACACAGCCCCAAAAGACUUCAUUUUGUGUCGAACAUAAACGUUUACUCUACAGCUACAUCUUUGCAAAUGACAAAUCCGAGGUCUCCUUUACUGGUAGGCCACCACUUCUUAGUCGCCGCUAUUGCUCAUCAGUGCCGCCCCUGGAUUUGACAGAUAGCUGUAUGGUAUCUGAGGACACGCUGAUAGAAGAGCGUAACGCUCUCGAUGACAGGGGCUGGAACACGAAGGGUGAGAUUUCCAGCAACAGUUACAUACGGGCUCGCUACUUGAUGGCAUAUGUCUUUGACGAGGUGAUAGAAGUGGCACUUGGCAACGAUACCCAUGCCACGCUUGAAUAUCUUCAGUAG